AUGGUGGGCAGUGUGUGGGCGGCUCUGGUGCUCUCCCUGAUCUGCAUCUCGGCCCUCAGCCUCGUCUCCCCUGCCUGGUUCCAGACCCCCACCUUCUCCUUUGGCGUCCACUGCUCCCGGCCCCAGGGUGACCGCUGGAACCAGAGCUGAGGGAUCUUCAGGUCCCUGGACCAUCUUCCAGACUUCGCCUGGAAGGUCUCGGCUGCGAUGCUCCUUGGAGGCUGGCUCCUGCUGGCCUUCACUGCAAUUCUCCUCCUGGCCUGGGCCCUGGCCCCUAAAGAGCUGUGCCCAAGGAAGGGCAGUGGCCCAACACCGGGGGUGCAGGCAGCAGCAGCCAUCGCCACCAUUGUGGGCCUGCUGGUUUUCCCAAUCAGCCUGGCCUCCCCAUUCGCCAGGGAAGCCUGCAGAACCUCCUCCAUGUACCGUGGUGGGCAGUGCCAGCUGGGCUGGGGCUAUGUGACCGCCAUCCUCAACACAGUCCUGGCCAGCCUCCUGCCUGUGAUUGGGUGGCCCCACAUGACCAACGUCCAGGGGAGGACCAUCCUCUUCUCCAGCGACACUGAGAGAAUCAUCCUUGUGCCAGAAAUAAGCAAAUAA